GUGUAUGUUGUUCAAUAAUAGUAGUUGCUAUGUAGUUUACCAUAUGACUGAACAAUGUGGUAUGAAAUUUUCAUGUUGCAGCUCUAUCAUGGAUUGUGUAGGAUGUGACAAACGUCGACUAUGGGGAAAGCUCCAGGUUCUUGGCCUUGGAACUGCUUUAAAGAUUCUCUUCUCAGUUGAUGGUGAAUCUCGGCAUGAUCAACAUCUACAGCUGCAGUUGCAGAGAAAUGAAGUGAUUGCUCCGGUAAACCUCCUUAAUCAGCUUUCAGAAUCAAUCGAACUUGUACAGGAAAUGAGCCCGACAUUUGAGAAGUCAACGAAGGGGCUAAGUCUACAGCCAGCUGCUAAGCUAAUAAGCUCAUGGAAAAGACUAUGGGAAACAGUAGUAGGGGAUAGACAAACAUCACUCUCUCUUGUUUGUGGUUCAUUAUUUUAAUCCUUGGGUAAGGUGAUUAUUUAGCUUCUGCUAUUCUUUGUUUGUAAAGCUUGUAAUGAGGUAAAUUUUAGCUUCAGACUCUUAAGCAGUCAUUAUGGUCAUUUUGUCAAAAAAUUUAUGAUAACCGAAACAAAUGAUUUAAAGUCUAUAACUGGAUGCCAUUGGUUUGCACGGUUUAUCAAACUAUAAAAAGAGGAAAGAGGAAGGAGGGAUCAAAAGCCUCAUUACUUUCAUGCAUCCAUAAUUGAACAUCCUGUUUCUUUUCCUCCUCUUUUUUGUUUCUUGCGCCAAGUAGUUUGAUGCUAAUUAUAUGUACUCAACAAAAACUCCUGCAGUUAUCCAAAUCCCUGAAAACUGCACUGAUGAGAAUUUUUCACAACAUGACAUCCCUUGGAACUUCUCUAAUAUAUUGCCAUCUUUUAAUACCAGGCUCCUGAAAAGGGAAAAAAUGACUGACCUGAUCUAUUUAUGAAUUAUAUGCAGAGUUAUAUCGCAUACAAUAAAAGUUUUCUCAUUACAAGCUUCCUUUUCAUCAAGAAAUGCUAAAAAUCCAUGUACAUUGAUAGUGUCUUUCCUAUCACUUACUUCCUGUGACUUGUUUAUGGAGAUCAGUAAUUCACAACAGCUCUAAUCUUUUUCCGAAAGACUUUAUUUUCUUCCAAAAUCAAUAUUUAUUGAUUGUAUAUAUUGGCUUUCUUUUAGCCAUUCUUCUUUUAUGCGGGAAUGAUUUGGAGUAUGAUAUAUUAUCGAGGAAGAUCGAGAUUUAUUUUGUUACAGAGAGAGGUAAUGUGGGACAUACUUGAUAGAAUGUUUUCCUGCUGCCAUUUAUGAGCUUAACUCAUUAUGUGACUAAUGAAAAGAGAAAGAAAGAUCAUGCUUGUCCCUUUUUUCCCUUCCUUUUCUUGUUCGUUGUCCUGCUACUUGUGGGGAAAACUGUUCAUGACUGAAGCAGGAGUAAUGUAGGUGGAGUGUCACAGCUAACAUUUCUCAUUUUUGGUACUUUGUUUUCAGGUUGAAUAACCUUACAUUGUAGCGGGUCAUUUUAAAACGUUGGUGUAUAAUGAUGUAAAGAAUGAUUACAACUAAACUAUUGAAAGGUGAGAGACGUUGACAAGAUUUCUACAGCUGAAUAGCGUUCAAGGAUACACAGAUGAAUCGAGGGAUUAGUGUCUGAAAUUUAGAUAGACGGAAUCCAUUACUAGGUAACUGGAAGUUAGAAUUGUGUUACUUCAUGAUGUAACUUUAUGGAUCCCCUUUGAAAUGUUGUACCAUUAUUGUCGAAACUUUGUGUCUGUGUUCCUGAAUGAAAAGGAUGUAUGUUAGAUGUCUGUAGUGAUAGACUAUGACUUCCUUUAUUUCAGUUGAUUUUAUUCUCUGCUACUAAAUAGACUUUAAAUUCCCACGA